GCGUCCGCCCCUCCCUCCCUGCUCUCCUCGUCCUCCGGCGGCGGCGGCGGGCGGAGUGAGCUGCGGAGCCUGGAAUAUGGUCGGGGAAAUGGAAACGAAGGAGAAGCCGAAGCCCACCCCAGAUUACUUGAUGCAGCUCAUGAACGACAAGAAGCUCAUGAGCAGCCUGCCCAACUUCUGCGGGAUCUUCAACCACCUCGAGCGGCUGCUGGACGAAGAAAUUAGCAGAGUACGGAAAGACAUGUACAAUGACACAUUAAAUGGCAGUACAGAGAAAAGGAGUGCAGAGUUGCCUGAUGCGGUGGGACCUAUUGUUCAGUUACAAGAGAAACUUUAUGUGCCUGUAAAAGAAUACCCAGAUUUCAAUUUUGUUGGGAGAAUUCUUGGACCGAGAGGACUGACAGCUAAACAGCUUGAAGCAGAAACAGGAUGCAAAAUAAUGGUCCGAGGCAAAGGCUCAAUGAGGGAUAAAAAGAAGGAGGAGCAAAAUAGAGGCAAGCCCAACUGGGAGCAUUUAAACGAAGAUUUACAUGUAUUAAUCACUGUGGAAGAUGCGCAGAACAGAGCAGAAAUCAAACUGAAGCGAGCAGUUGAAGAAGUGAAGAAAUUGCUGGUUCCUGCAGCAGAAGGAGAAGACAGCCUGAAGAAGAUGCAGCUGAUGGAGCUUGCAAUUCUGAAUGGCACCUACAGGGAUGCCAACAUUAAAUCACCAGCCCUUGCCUUUUCUCUUGCAGCAACUGCCCAGGCUGCUCCAAGGAUCAUCACUGGGCCUGCGCCUGUCCUCCCACCAGCUGCCCUGCGUACUCCUACGCCAGCUGGCCCUACCAUAAUGCCUUUGAUCAGACAAAUACAGACCGCUGUCAUGCCAAACGGAACUCCUCACCCAACUGCUGCAAUAGUCCCUCCAGGGCCUGAGGCUGGGUUAAUCUACACGCCCUACGAAUACCCUUACACGUUGGCACCAGCUACAUCAAUCCUUGAGUACCCUAUUGAACCCAGUGGUGUACUAGGUAUGGCUUUCCCAACGAAAGGCUAAGAAUUCAAGAACGGUCUUAACUGAACCCUCAUCAGAUCUGAAUUUAACAAAUGCUUAGUCUCAGCAGCCUCCGGGGAUAAAGCUUAGCCUAGCAGUCAGUGACUUACUUGCACUUUUUGCACAUAGAUAUAAAGUAAAAUUAUGUUAUUAAUUUGGUGUAGCCUGUAAUAUUACAAAGUGAUGGUAAUUUAUAAAGGAGUGUAUAGUAGUAUACUGACUGCUAAGUGUACUAUACUGUUUGCUUUACUAAUCACCUAAUUCAUUGCAGUUCAUCCUUAUUGACUCAAAGUUUAAAACCACAAUCUGUAGGCUUUAAGAGUUGCUUUUAAAUCUUUUUAAGUGAUAAACUCUGGAAGUGAUCUUAAGGUUAGCAAAUAAUUGUCAGUAUUAAAUAUGGCAUUACUUAAGUAGUCCUGCUGCAAGAAAGGCACUUCAGUGAAUAUGUGACUAGUAAAGCUCAAAAAUGUUUGGUUCUAAUAGUUCAUAAACUACUGUAACUUGGAUUGUAAGUGAAUGGAUGAAGUAGUUAAGGCCAACAGGUUUGAUGAAUGCAAUAUUAGUAGAUUCAUAUAUACAUGACUUGCUACAGUUAAUCUUAAAACUACUGUGCCUUAAUGUGUUUCUGAAGCAAACUUUUGUAGUAAAUGAACAUUUUAGAUCCAUUUUGAUAAACCUGCUGUUGAUAUUUUUCCCUUAUGUAUGUUUUCUAACUCUGUCUUGGUGAUUGCAAUUUAACUAGGUGCGGUGGCUACUAAAGUUCGAAGGCACGAUAUGCGUGUCCAUCCUUACCAAAGGAUUGUGACCGCAGACCGAGGUUAGUUUAGUUCUGCAGUUCUUGUUUGUAAGAAACGCUGUGGGUAUCCAUAACAUUUGCAACACCACACCUGUUGGGAAAAUGUAACUGUUUACCUGCACACUGUUUCUUUUCCUCGCCUAAAUUCAUUUUAAUAAGUGACAGAUUUAAAGGUUGGUGUUUUGCUUUGAUUUUUUUCCUACCUUCAUAUUUUAACUUAUUAAAUCUUUUAUUAUUAUUUACUAUGAUUUAUUCCUACUAAAACAUAAAUUAGUGAAUUUGGGGAGCCAUUAAAUUUUUACAUUGCCUUAGCUAUUUUUUCAGUAAUAACUUGCUAAAAUUUACUUUUUAAUUGUUCUGAAAAUUUGGGUUGGUAUUGCAAAAUGAAUUGAAUAGAUGGUGCUUUGAUGAGAAAAGUAAAGGAAUAUAUGCCUCCUGUGUACUUUUGGAGAAAACUGAAGAUUUAAUUUCCAUUUUCUUUAUAAUGAAACUUUUGAGCCACUGUAUGAGCACAAGGGUGUGUAUGUCAAGGACUCACCUGUCAGCAGUCAGGACUGUGGAGAUAACUCAUUUAGUUGGAUCUUUGUUUUAAACUAGAAAAAGAGUUCCCUCAUAUUCUUACAUUCUCUCACCAAAAUGGAUCCUUUAAUUUUUGUUAUUGCUGCUAAAAGAUAGUAUCUGAAGGUGAACUGUCUCCCAAGUUCUGUGGUAUAUGAGAUCCAGAUGUUCGGAUACCCUUUUGACUAACCUGUGACUGGAAGAUAAGUCUUCAUUUUUCUCCUUUUUGCUAUUUGUAAUUUGUGUCCUGUAUAUGCCCUUGGACCCCUCUUAUUAUUUAUGUUUCUUGAGUGAUACUUUCGGUUUAUUGACAUUGAAUUAUUUUCUAACUUUUUUCAUUGCAAGAUAGGAAUCACAAGCAUUGUAGAAAAGGCUUUUGAAAAUCUGUUACGACACUACCUGUUAAAUUGAUGAUCAAAGCCUCCAAUAUUAAUGGUAUAAAAGUAGUGAAUUUAUACCCCAAUUGUGCAUUUGUACAAUUGAAUUUAUGAAAGACCUAGUUUGCUUCACAUGCUUAUCUUGAAUACUGACCAUAAAUAUUGUAGCUGCUGUCUACAUCCAAAAUUACAUACCUUUCCAAAGACACUGGUAGUGAUGUAGUAUGGUGCAUAGUAAAAGAACUAGUGGGUAGAAUAAUCCUCAGGCUUGGUAAUCAUCCAUGAAGGUAAUACUCCUUCAGAUGUGCCAAACAUGGGCACAUAAACCUCUGUUCCUGCAUCAAGGGAAGUCUUCUAGGGAUGGAGAUAUGAGUCAUGAGGGAGGCCAUGUUAGGUGCUUAAAAAGUGUGUGAUCUUAUAAUUCCCAUUAUUUGAAGCUGUAUCAUACUGCUGAUGUCCUGUAUGCCUCAUUUUAGGCAGUAUCUCAUAAUUAUUUCUCUCUAUAUAUGCCAGUGCCUUCAGAUAGUUAAGAAUAUUAAGCAGUCUUUUAUUUGAAAAAUGACACACAUUCCACACAUGACUCUUCUAGGUGUGUUUGUUUUGAUGAGUUCUUUUCCUGUUUUCACUCAAAAUGCAAUGUUAAUAAACCGAAAUGCUUUUCUUCCCUUCCCUUCCUUUUGUUUUCUUUUCUUUGCUUCUUCUUUUUUAUUUUUUUAAGAAACAGAUGACUUGUAUACUUACUGUCACUGUAUGCACUCAUUGGGUCUAAGGGAGAUGACUGAAGUCCUUCACUAAAUUAUUUUUAUGAUACUACUGUUUUCUCUACUUUUGAGUUUAAAAAAAAAAUUUAAGUCCUUUAAAGAUUAUUGCAAGUAUUCAUUAAAAACAAAGCAGCAGCCUAUGGGCAAAUAACCAUGUAAUUGUAUAUGAACAUUUACAGUACUUACAUGGUUGGUGAAUACCUAGUUCAUUACUAAAAGUAAACCCAUCUCUAUAUUUAAAAUUGAACUUGAAACUUAAAAAAGACCAACUUACUUUUCAGUUGUAAUGACUGACCUACAAAUGAUUUUGCACAGUUGACAUACCUGCAUGUACUGUAGGAGGCCUGGACUUGGCAGAGGAUAUUUUUAGGUAUACUAGGAUGAGGUGGUUUGCUUUGCUAGGCAUUCCACACUCAAGAUACAUAACCAGAAUUUUUUCUAUGUAAUGAUUUUACAAAAAAAAAAAAAAAACAAACAACCCAUUACUUACAUAAAUAAUACAAGAAACUUAAUAAAUUUUAAGUAGUAUCAGAAGUGCUUUAAAGACUCCCAUCUUGUGGAACACCUGUGAAGAAGCGGUGUGACUGCAUCAUGUUAAGUAUUUAUUUCCUUCUUUGAUUUUGAAACAACAUUUUCUACUUUAAAAUUCCAGUUCUUAUUAAGAAAUUCAGGGAAGAUUGGUCACAUCGAUGAUACAGUAUUUUUGUAGUAUUUAUAAACUGUCCUAAAUAAUAGAAUGUGGAAAGCAUUUUUGUCAUAUGAAGGUAAAUAAGUCCGUUAUAAAGAUCACUGCAACCCUGUGAGCAGUACACCUACUGGGUUCUGAUGUAUGAAGUGGCAUAGAAUCUAACUUUGCACUGAACAUCUUCUCAUUCAUGUCUCCUCUGCCUUAGUCACAAUGGCAACAGUACAGAAAAUUCUGUCAAGCCUCAGAAUAUAGUAGAAAUAAUUAAGCUGUUGAAUGAGUCUUAGAAAUCAUACUACUGUUGAGUGGACCAAGUUGUGCGAAGCAGGAUUGUGACAGGGCUGACUGAGGAAGGAACUACUCAAGGACAUUGGGAAUGAUGACUUUUCCACUUGAGAACUACUUUAUGUUUUACUGUAACUUUUUUAAAGUUUUUGUUCUUUUUUUUUUUUAUUUUGCAAGAGAAAAUAGUAUUUACAGGUGGCUUCUUUUAAAAUAUAAAAAUAUAAAGCAGGAAUGUAUAUGAAAUGUCAGAUUUUAUUGUAUUUGCAGAGUAUUAGCUUUGACAUUGGAUAAAGAAGCUAUCUGUAGUUUAAACGCCUCAUGGGCGUCUACUAGAAAUUUCUUCUAUUUUUUGAUGUACUUAGAGCUCUUUGAGGUAUAGACUUUUAAAUGGCAGGAUUUUACAGUGUUUACAUGCAAGUGCAUUUUAUAAGUGUUCUAUAUGUGUAAAAUAGUAUUUUCAACUGGAAAGUGUUGGCCAGUGCAAAAGACCUGGCCUUUUUCUGGUUUCCAUGAUGUUGCCAACACUGCUAGACUACAGUACUGCUUUUGUCAUGAGGCCAACGACUCCAUGUUGUGUGUAAAUAGAAUAAGUGAAAAAGCAAUAAACAUUUAUUGAACAAAAGAAA